AUGGCGUCAGGUGUAGCCGUGAAGACGAAACGGAAAGGAAAAGACAAUGUUACAGCCUACAGUGAGUUGGCUAUGCGAGGGAAUGCAUUUGUGCUGGAGUAUUGCAGGACCUCCAUGUCUGCUCUGUCUGGGGCAGCGGCGGGAAUCCUGGGACUAACAGCACUUUAUGGCUUUGCAUUUUACUUUGUCACUUCCGUUCUUUUAUCAGUUAUGCUGUAUUUCAAGGCAGGAUCAGCUUGGCACAAAUACUUUGUGAACAGACGAGGCUUGUUUAUAAAUGGAUUACUUGGUGGACUAUUUACAUAUAUCCUGGUUUGGACAUUUUUAUACGGGAUGGUGCAUGUCUACUGAUGAAGUGUAACUAAAUUGACACCAAACUUCUGCCAAAACAUCUACAAAGUCUCCAGUCUCCACUGGUCUGUAAGACUGAUAAACAUAUGUAGUAAGGGAGACAAAUAAGAUACAUCUACAUCGUGUCUAUAUUAAUUACAAGGAUGCUGUGUUUAACUUUUCAAAACCACAGUUAUUUAUACUGUUAAAGGUCUGCCAUAUCUGAGUGACAGAACUGAGGUGACCAUUUCCAGAUCAAUAAUAAUAGGUUGUUUGUACUUUGACAAAGACAGUGAAAGUUUUAACAGGCUGUGAGAUUACAACCUACAGCUUGUUUUCAGUGGAAAAGUACAAAGAAUUUCCUAAAGUGUACUAGUCAGAUUUAUUUCAUCGAUAUUUCUUUGUCCUGUAAAUCUUGUAUAAGUUUGUGUAAUACCAUAACAUGCACUCGACUGUGUUCAGAGUCCGUUCUAGGUCUGUUGACUUCCUCUUUAUGUUUGACUGUGUAAAUAUGUAUCAGAUAUAGGUUUCAUUUCCUGUCUACAAGGAUAAAGUUUUCUAUAUCUGUUAUAUGUUUAGGAUUUCUGGAAGAUUUUCUGGCUGGAUAAUUUUUUUUAUGUUAUACAAAACACUAUCAUACUCCUUCUGCAGAUGUCGCCUUGAUCUACAUUACAAUUGUUGUGGUGAUGGAAUAACUAUUAUCUUUUUCAUUCAAUAAAUUUUUGAAUCCCUGAUUUAUUUUAUGAAGAGUAAGAGAGUUUGGUGAUAGUUUUAUCAUGUUUGAGUGCAAUAAAUGAUUAAGCUAUGGUAUGUCUGUUAGCUACAACCCUGUGUGUUAAGUGUAUGGUGUACGUUUAAUGAGCAGAUUUAUUGGGAAAAUCCUUAAACAUUCCAAUUGGGAUGUGUGCAUGUGGUGUACUUAGAGUAUGUUUUGUUACUUUAUAUAUUGUCAACUUUAUGUCCUAAUUUUCUGUCUGAUUUUUAACCAAAAGGUGUACAAACAUCCGAACUUAUAGUAAGUUGUAUUCACUGGGAAUAUGUUCUGUUUCAGCUGCUAUUGGUGUAGUAAUGAAAUAGAAUCCUGCUUACCAAGAGCUUCCUAUUUCUAUGGUAAAUUAGUUUAUAUGUUUCUAACUUAACUGUCAUAACAAGUUCAUUAAUCGACCCUGUUAAGACAAACUUGUACAAUAGGUGAUUUCUGAGGUAACACAAGUUCAUUAAUCUUCUCUGUUAAGACAAACUUGUACAACAGGUAAUUUCUGAGGUAACACAAGUUCAUUAAUCUUCUCUGUUAAGAUAAACUUGUACAACAGGUAAUUCCUGAGGUAACACAAGUUCAUUAAUCUUCUCUGUUAAGAUAAACUUGUACAACAGGUAAUUUCUGAGGUAACACAAGUUCAUUAAUCUUCUCUGUUAAGACAAACUUGUACAACAGGUAAUUUCUGAGGUAACACAAGUUCAUUAAUUGGCUCUGUUAAGAUAAACUUGUACAACAGGUGAUUUCUGAGGUAACACAAGUUCAUUAAUCUUCUCUGUUAAGACAAACUUGUACAACAGGUGAUUUCUGCAGUACAACUGUACAGAAGUAUUACAUUUAGCAUUUUUGGAUGAAUUUUUAGAUAUUGAUAAUAAACAGAUAUAAUAAACAGUGUACAUUUUAAA